GUAUGUUAUGCCGGUCGGUACGAUUGUGGCAACCGCUACUCUUACACUAAAUCGUCCUAACACUGAAGCUCGUGGUUUUCUACUUAUUUUGUACGUAGCUGCAUUUAAUUGCAAUCACAGGCUUUCCACUGGAACACGAAUUAGCUUUGGCUUGCAGUGUGGCUAAGGUGCAACCUUCUGUUAAAACAUGCGUUAGCUCGAUGGCUGCUCCCAGAUUGUAACGCAGCCAGCACAGAUUGAACAUGGCUACAAAGCCGAAGAGCAAAGCCUCUAAAAGUUCAUUCAAAGAUGAUUUGCUUGACAGCUUGCUUAAUGAUGACAAACAGCCAGUAAGGGGGAAAGCAACGCGUGAUGGACCUAUGUAUAGCAUGCUAGCAGAGGAGGUAAAGAUGGAUGGUGUGGACACUGAGGACUCAGAUGUGUCAGCGGCUGAUCCUGGUGACAUACUCAAGAGCAUGAAGGACAUAGAUGAUAUGGAUGCUGACCUCUUUGCAUCAAAGAAAAAGCCCAGUUCAGCUCCUGCACAAACAAAGCCACUUGUUAAUGAAGGACCAAAGAAAUACUCUGCUGUGCUCGAGAGUAAUGGAAAACCAGAGGGAGCAGAUGAACCCGCCAGAGGGGGGAAGAAGCCGAACUCUGCACCUGUGACCACAUCACGGAGUUAUAAGAAGUUCACUUUCUCUGACAGUGGUGGUGAGGAUGAAGGUGUUGAUCAGACUCCUUACACUAAAGAUCUCGACGACCCCCUGAAUGAUUUGCUUCCAGAGGAAUCAAAGCCUGACUUGAAAUCUAGCCUCACCAAACCUGAAAAAUCAGUGCCAUCUCCCUCAGCAUCUCCCAUGCUAAAGAAUGAAACAAUUAAGGCAGCAAAGAAAGGGGAGCUUACAUUUGAGGAUGAUAAGGACGACCUAAUGGAUGCACUCGGAUUUGACAGUGAUAAAAACAAUCCCAAGAAAAAAGAGACACCGCUUUGGUCUGCCAAGGAAAGAGUCGAUGCCCCUCAGAGAACUCGUACUAGAAUCGAUGAGAUUCUGGAGAGUUUCACGCCACCGCGUCUUCUCGAGCGACCACCAACGGGUGAGGGGAAGAACGAGUUUCAGUCUCAGGAGAAGACGUCUGCCGGGAAAGAGUCACAUUUAGAAGACAACCUCACAUUUGGAUCCUAUCAGCCGACGCUGGGGUCUGCUUCUGAAGGGCGUCAAUCUCGCAGACAGUCUGUCAGAUUUUCUACUGAGGACAUCAGUGCCUCCACACCAGAAAAGAAACCAAAGCCUACCACCCCCACAUCCUCACGCCACCGCAACUCAGCCGACUGGCUCGGCCUCAAGACAGAUGAUGAGCCCGAGUAUUUAGAGGAGGGCACCAGUAAGACAAAGACUCCAGCAAGGUCUUCAAAGACCCCUUCAUCUCCUUUACUGGAGAGAAAGCCCUCAUUCACCAGUAGCCAUCCCACAUCUGUUGAAAAAACACCAGAAGAAAGUGCAGCCCCAACUGACAAUACCAUGAAACAGGCCAAGCCUGAGGUUUCCAGAACCCAGAGGGAAGAAGAGGAUGAUGAGGAUGACUCGUUAGCUGGGGUACUGAGCAGGAAGAAAGCUAUGUCAGCGUCAAGCACAAAAGCAAAAGCUUCCAAGCAGGAAGACUCUUUUGGCCAUGGAGAAAAAAUGGAUCCUGGCUUGACUGUGAGUAAACAAGUAAUGUCACAAACUCCCAAAGGCAAAGAAGACAUUCUUUCAUUAAUCAAGGAAACAAGUAACAUUUUGCCUGAAAGCUCCAGCCCUGUUGCUUAUUCCACCCCUGUCAGAGAAGAAAGGCCUAAGCAAGAUAAAACUCACUCUCCCUUACACUCUCCUUCUAUAGUUAAUGAGUAUACACCCAAAGGCCAGUAUUACCCCUCCACCUUAACAUCGUCCUCAACAAACCCACUCCAUACUGAAGUAGACUUUGGACCAACUCUUAGUUCACCUCAUGCUUCAAAUUACUCUAUUACUGAUCCCUUCCCAGCCUCUGCUGUUAGCAUUAGCCACCCCCAGCCACAGUCCAAACCCCACUGCUCCAGUAAGGGAUCCCAGGUGCUAAGGGAGCCCGUUCAGGCUUCAAAUGAAACCCUGCAACAACUGCCUUUGCCCAGCCCCCGGUCUACUUCACUGCCUGGCACACUGUGGUUCCCACAGCAAAAUCCAAUGCAAAACACAUCAGCUGCUUUCCAACAACAGCAGGCAUCAUUUUCAGCAGACAGUCUGCAGCAGCUACUCCUGCAAAACCAGUUGAUGCAGACUCAGUUGCUGGGCCUAGGCAGUGUUGAUGCAGGACUCCUGCAGAGACUUAAAGAAAAAGAACAUCCAGCAGACUAUCAGGCUUUACAGGCCCGCAUCAUCCAGUUGGAGGGACAGGUCAAGACGCUGCAGCUGGAGCGAGACCAAAGCCAAAUGAUUCUGGAGAGCAUCCAGCAGCGGCACAAACAGGACAUGGAGCUCCUGGAGAACACACACAAGGCUCGUAUGAAACUGCUCGAGGAUUCGGUAACCCAGAGGGAGACUCAAGCGCGGCACGAGUGUGAAGACCUAAUGGAACGCCUGGCAACGGUAACGCGAACGGCUGAGAAGGAACGCUCCGAGCUCCAGGCUCAGUACCAGCGCAAACUGGCCCAAGCGCAGCAGGAAAGAGAUUGUGAGGUGGAGAGACUCAGAGAUCUUCAGAGAAAAUCUAUCUUGGAGAUGAAAAGAGACUAUGAAGAUCAGAUCCAGAGGCUGAAGAGGCUCAAGGAUGAGGAGAUUGAUGCUGUUACAAGUGCAACGUCUCAGACCAGGUCUGUCGCAGGGGUGAUUGAAAAAAUGGAGCAGGUCUCCUCUCGUCUUGGAGAGCUUUCCUCUCGGGUGGAGAGCACACACGAACACACCGCUCACGGCCUGGAGCAGGAGGCACGGCACAGAGACGAGCAACUUCGAACAAUGCAGGGUCAUCUGACCCAGCAGCAGAAAGCCAUGGCAGAGGAGAAAGCUUACCUGAAGGAAAUAAUUUCCAGGAUGGACGCUCAGCUUAAAGAGCAGCAGAGACAGCUUGAGAAGGAGCGCUGGAAGAUGACAGCAGAGCAAGCCAAAGCGGAGUCAACCCAAAGAACCCUGGAAGAAGAGCGGCGUGUCCUCACUACGCAGAUCAGCAUGGAGAGAGAGGAGCUGGAAAGAGCCAAGAGUGUGUUACUGGAGGAGCAGAAGUCAGUGAUGCAGCACUGCGCAGAUGAGAGGAGGAAAUUGGCAGCUGAGUGGGCCCACUUCCACGCCCAGGAGAAGCAGAGGCAUGAAAGGGCUGAGCGUGAGGUCAGCAGUCUCCUGGAGAAGAGGGAAGGCUCUAUCAUAAGUCUGGCGCAGGAGCAAGCUGACUUGAAGCUUCGCACAUCAGAGCUGAAACAGAAGGAGCUGGCCUUGGCACAGGAGCGAGAGACUCUGGAACGACUAAGAGAAGAGCUGGACAGAGAGAAAGAACGACUAAGUAGCACAGCCCUGAGACUCAAAACACGAGCCCAGGAGGUCGAGGCCUUCAGCAAGCUUGCGACAGAGAAGUAUGAGGAGGGGGAACGAGCGCUGCACGACGCAAAACUUGUGGAGGCCGAGCACGAGGCGCGACUGAGAAAUAUUCACACCCGAACCGAGCACCUGAGGCAGCAGGAACAGCGAAUGCUGAAGGAGCAAAUACGAUUAAAUCAUCUGCAGAAAGACACAGAAAGGCUGAGACAAAAUCCUUCUCUUGCACCUCUACCACAAAUCGUCACCCCAGUUUUACCAGACUCGGUUUCAGAGUUGCCUCCAACCCUGAAUAUUCCUCCUCCAGUUUCAUUUACCAGCUCUCAGUCCAUGGAACUUCAGGCCAAUCUGGCUCUGUGGAAAUAUGCUGCAGAAAAGGACCGUGAAUAUCUCCAAGAGGAGCAGUUCUUUCUAGAAAAUCUGAAAAAGAAAUCUUACAGAACAUCGUUCAACACAGAUUGACCAACACAUGCUGGGCCUUCUCCCAGCAUAUCUGGAGUUGUUAUUUUCUAUAUUUGAAUGUGGAAUUACAUUUUAUA